AUGUCUUCCACAGACUUGUCUGCUGCAUCAGCCGAGGGCCAGAAUUACUUCCAAUACCUGGCCACGGAGCUGCACAUUCAUAUCGCCGGGUACCUCGAGGACAUGGACCUGAAGAACACUCGCGCAGUCUGCUCCUCUCUCGCUCGAAGCACCAUCGACAUAUUCGCCGCUCGUUUCGUCACUCGACGAGUCAGGCGCCACCGCUAUGUGCCUGCUUCAUUGAAGACUUUGUUAGAGUUGAGCUCUCUUCCAGUGUUUGCUUGUCGCCUCGAAGCUAUCGAGAUCGAAACUCGGCGACUCGACUCUAUCCUACCUCAUCUUCCAGCAACAGCCUUCUCAGACAUGCAGCAGCAACUCUGCUCCAUCUUCAAGAACCUCUCGAAGUAUGGCGGCGCGUGCAAGCGAGUCAGCGUAACGCCAGGCCCACGUUCCGCGCAUCAUAAUCUGGCCUUGAAUGCACUGUGCAAGGCGCUGAUUGAGAGCAAGUAUCCUCUUCAAAGCCUCAGCUUCACUUUCUGGGGCUUCAAGUGCCCCAUGUACUAUACCGGUGAACCGGGCAAAAGCCUCGAUGAGUAUCCGUUCAAGUUUCCCGCAGCUCAACGCUACGAACUGCGACGACUUUUAUCCUCGCUGAGAUCCAUCGAGCUCAGCGUGCGCCAUCACGGACAACUCCUCCUCCAAGACGAGGAUAAGCUGUCCUGCCAUUGGCUCGCAGAGGCAUUGUCCUCAUGCAAGACCGUGCCAGAACUCAUCAUCAGUGGAAAUGGUAAAGAAUGGGCGGGCCAGUUUCGAUUCCAGUUACGAAAGUUGCCUCUGCAUACCUUGACGAUCAAGGACAUAUCGACUGGAGGAAGCUUCUUCGCAGAAACAUUCAUCUCGGACAUGAGAGGAUCUUUGAGGCACCUGAGGCUGAAACAAGUCGCAAUAGGUGGGCACGCGACACCUUGGGAAACACUGCUUCCCCGGAUGGGACAGUAUCUCACACUCGACUCCAUUGUCCUCGAGGAUCUUGUCAACAUUGACGAAAAACUCUCAAGCAAGCCAUACAGCUACGAGAGUUCCAGUGGGUCGGAACAGAUUCGUGCACAUCUGCUUCAGAUUGGAAGCGGAGAGCAUGACUGGGUGCCACGAGAAGACCAGGACUGA